CCCUCCUUGAAGUGGAUGGUAGAACCGGUCACGUGGAAAUACAGGCCCCUCCCCUCGGCCUACCUUUUCCUGCGCCUGCCCAAGACAAUGGCAAAAAUCAAGGCACGUGAUCUGCGUGGCAAGAAAAAGGAGGAGUUACUGAAACAGUUGGAUGACCUCAAGGUUGAACUCUCCCAGCUCCGUGUGGCCAAAGUAACUGGUGGAGCUGCAUCCAAGCUGUCCAAAAUUCGUGUAGUGCGGAAGUCCAUUGCAAGAGUUCUGACUGUUAUCAAUCAGACGCAAAAAGAGAACUUGAGAAAAUUCUACAAGGGCAAAAAGUAUAAGCCUUUGGACUUGCGACCCAAGAAGACCCGUGCCAUGCGUCGUCGACUAAACAAAUAUGAGAUGAGCUUGAAGACCAAGAAACAGCAAAGGAAAGAGCGUCUGUACCCCAUGCGCAAAUAUGCUGUAAAAGCAUGAAUGUUCUGUCACAGAAAAUAUUAAAUUUAAGAAUGCCUUG